CGGCCUGCAGCGCGGCCUGUGUGCGCGCCCCGCGAGCGUGGUGGGCUCCUGAGCGGGUGCAGAGCGCCGGGAGGGAGGAUGCGGCUGUGGGCGGCGCUGCGGGUGGCGCAGAAGGUGCCGCUGCCUCCGCACUACCGCUACGGCAUGAGCCGCCCGGGCACGGCGGCCGACAAGCACAAGAACCCGCCCGGCAUCCGCCGCAAGAAGCUCUGGGUGGAGCCCAUCGCCCACCACGAGUGGAAGUUCUUCCAGGGAGACACGGUGCAGAUCCUGAUCGGGAGGGACGCCGGCAAGCAGGGGCUGGUGGCCCAGGUCAUCCGCCAGCGCAACUGGGUCGUCGUGGAGGGCCUAAACGUGCAUUACCGCUACGUGGGGAAAACCGCCAUCCAUCCCGGGACCUACGUGGCCAGCGAAGCCCCCCUGCUGGUGAACCAGGUGGCCCUGGUGGACCCCACCGACAGGAACCCCACAGAGGUGGAGUGGCGGUACACAGAAGAGGGCGAGCGGGUCCGUGUCUCCAUGAGGACUGGUAGGAUCAUCCCCCAGCCCCCGGUGAUCAGGGAAGACGGGAUCGUCCCAGAACAGUGGAAAGAUGGCCCCAAGGACACCUCUGUGGAGGACGCCCUGGAGAAGACCUACACGCCCUCCCUGAAGACCUUCCAGGAGGAGGUCAUGGAGCUGCAGGGAAUCGUUGAGACGCGCACUUUCCGGAAGUCCUACUGGUACUGACCUCUCUGCAGCCAGCUGGGCAGCGUGGUCCUUCUUGAAGAGUUCCAGCCAGCGAGGAUUCAGGGUGGAUCUUCCAGCUAACCAGAACAGCCUGGCAGUGUGAAAGGGCUCCCUUUGGGCCAUGGCUGUGCUCUGGAUGAAAAGCUCUUUGCCCUUUUCAAAUAAUUAAAAAAGCGAGAGCAGG